AUGAGGGAACCCUCCAGCACCUCGCGAGCAGCUACUACCCCUGCUCCUUCAGGAAAGGGAAAAAAGAAGGUUUCUGAACACCCCGAGCCUAUUGUUGAGACUUCAGAUGAGAAUGACAUGCCUGCGAGCAGGAAAAAGUCAAACAGGCGUAAGGAUGGAGAAGGCUGCAAUGACCCAUCUGUAAAGCGGGCUCGAACGGAAGACCCUCCUGCACCAACUCCUACAAAAGAGACUACUCCCCCUCUAGGGCCUACCGACCAGACUCCCCCUGAAAUCAGCAAGCAGAAUCCUCCAGCAGCCGCCAACCCAAGUGCUACUGCUCAACCAGAAAAAACUGUGGUCGAGGAAAUCUUGAGCUCCGCCUGCACUUCGGCCAGCGAAAGGCUGAAGAAACUGUCCAUACACAGGCGAUGUUUGGAGACCAUCGACAAUGCUCUCACCAUGCCGCUCGACCAGCUCCUCAACCGUGGCCUAGCCAAAUUACUCACUGAUUCUGACCGUGGCACCGGUUGGCGCUACUCAAAGGAGAUGGCCGGCAAACAAGCUGAAGAGAUCAAGGCAGCUGAGGAGAGGCUUGCCAAAAAGCACAAGGCAGUCGAGGCCAAGCAUGCUGAAGAGCUGCAAGCAGCUGAGGCUAAGAUUGCCAAGCUUGAAGAGGAUUUGAAGAAGAAAGAGGACUCUAUUGAAAAAAUUAUUACCUCCAAAGAUAAGUAUAAGGAAGCCUCGCUGAUAAACUACCGAGAAGCCCACAAGCUUCAGACGGAGUUGGAGAUUAGCUGCAAGGAGGUUGCUAACCUUGAGGAGGCCAACAAGCGCAACCUGGAGAAAUAUGAAGGAGCAGCGUUCCAGUGCUUCUACAUGUUCUAG